UGCUCUUCAGAUGGCAUUCAUCGCUUAGACGCACUGAGUGUCGCGUUGUGUUAGUCAAACGAAUCUUUGAUCAACAUUUUAAUUUUUUAUUUCUCGCAAUUUUUAAUACCAGCAGUAGAAGAUGCCUAAUGUAUCGGCUGUCUUUUCACUUUAUUCACAUUGUCUUUAUACCAUACAAGACAAUUUAGAACAUAUUUAUAGGCCUACUCCCAAAGUUAAAAGUGUCAAUAAGCGAAGGAAAUUGGAGACGGGUAGUUCAUGUUCCAUCUCAGAAACAACUGAAGAAGGCGAAUCCGACAACAAUCCGUUUCACAAAAUACCUACCGUUUUGUUGGAGGAGAUCAUCUGUUCAUUCCCUCAAGAAAAGAAAUUGAAAAAUUUCAACAUUGGGUUUCUCAUUACCCCCGAGCUUCGAAAAUUAAUUAUUCCCAAUUUGUGUCGCUAUAGCAACCAGAAUGAGCAAUACCUGAAUUUCAGAAAACUUGAAAAACUGCAAGUGUUAGUCAUGAAAAAAACAAAUGCGGGAGACUCUUGUUUAAAAAUCAUAGGGAAGUGGUGUAAAAAUUUAAGGGUAUUGGAUGUAAAUUAUUGCUCCAGAGUGACGGACACUGGCAUCGAAUGGUUAAUUCUCCAAUCAAGUGAGUUGCGCAACACACUUCAACAGUUGUUGAUUUCCUGUCGUUCCGUGACGAAAAAAGGAACCAAAAUGGCUCUACAGCAUUUUCCAGCCUUACAGGUCAUCGAAAAUCGAAAUAUCUUUGAUGUUUUAGUAGAAGUGGUUAAGUCAGCGGCGAGAAUUCAACCCCAACCCCAAAUUGUAAAAUUCCCUUUCUUUCGACUAAGAAUCCGUCCUCUUGGUUUAUAUAGAAAAGGUGAUCUUGGGUUAGUACUAGGAUGUUGCCCUGGGCUUCUCGAUCUCACUAUUGUUGUUAAGAAGGGAUUAACAGACUCUGAUUUGUUUUGCUUAACGAAUUUGAAGAAUCUUCGAUUACUCAUCAUGACAGGGCUCAAACGCUCUAGAGGAGAUGAAAUCACCUUCGACAUGGGCAUUGCUCCAUCGCUUAAGGUGAUCGGAAAUUCAUUAAAAGUUCUCAACCUUCCGUACUUUGAAGUUGACAUUUGGACCAUUGUCAAAUAUUGUCCCAAUUUAAUCUCACUAAUUUUCCAAAAGCAUUGCGAAAGUUUAAGUGCCUUGUCUGAAAACGAGGUAAUUCAAUUGCGGAAAGAAAAAGGGCGAGUUAUUUUUGAGGAUCUUCAGUUUCUAGAUUGCGGCUUCAACCUUUCAAAUGACAUUCUAUUUGCUUUGUUAUCUUGUCCUUUACUAGAGGAAGUUGAUAUAUCAGAUUGUAACGCACUCACCGACGAUUUUUUACAAGAAGCCAUGAAAAUUGGCAUCUUUAAAAAUCUUCAGGUACUAUAUUUAACAGCCUGUAAUUUAGUGACAAAGCAGGGAUUAGACGCACUACUGAUCAAUGACGGCAAUCCUCUUGCAGAAAUAAUUUUCUCUUAUUGUGAAAAAGUAACCAAAGAUAAUGUUUAUGAUUGGUAUAAAAUCGCCCAUCUUUACAAUUGGGAAUUGAUUUUAGAGUUUGAGAAUUUGGAUACUGAACGUAUAACUUAUGCAAGUUAUAGCAACGCUAACUAUUAACGCUAAAGAUUUGUGUUCUUAGUUACUGAAAAAUGCAGAGCAGCGAACUUGCUUUUACGUCAUUUAUUGAAUUUCUUGUGUUCUGGAGAAAUAUAAAGAUGACAUGAAAACAUUUCUGUGAUGUUUAUCUCAAAUUCCCUUUUACGUCAUAUUGCCCCAAUUUUCAAACAUAAUAAGUAAAUAAAUUCAUUGUGGUAAGGCAUAGUAAUUUACAAGCAUUUGCCUAGAAGCUGAUUGUCGUGAAGAGAUAUCUUAUUAGUGGCCAACUUAAUUAUUUCAGUUCAAAUUUUUAAAUAACUACACAAUUUAUUUAUUCGUUCACUUCUAAUUAUGGCAUAGUGCUUUAUUCACACUGUCGUCGAUGCCAUAAAUCUAGAUUAAACAUUAUAAUGGGGAAAAAAAUCUUAAUUUUUGCGUAUGUUUGCAAGUGAGCUGAACGCUGAAUGCUGGUUUGUAUUCCGUCUGCGCAUAUAGCCUGGUUUAUCUGCCGGCUUGAAUAGUUUCCCUCAUAUAUUUAACAUCUGCGACGUAGCGCGGAAUAGCCACCAACAGCAAAGAUGACUCAGGGAGAACAACAUAAUA